AUGAAUGCUGUGCUUUUCUUUACAUUUAUAUUGGGCUUCAUUGCACUUGCGACUGGAUUCGCAAUUCGAUUUGAUGAAAAUGGUGAUUAUAAUUCACCAGAUGAGAUUAACGGAGGAGAUAAAUCGUUAGACCUCGAAGGUAUAACCACUCAAAAAGUUACUACAGGCGAUCAAGACGAACCCACGACCACGUCAACAGAUUUUACGGAAGUCACACCACACACAACUGUUUCAGAAAAAUAUUUACUGUCGACUACUCCUUCCGUAUUACAUGAUAAGACCACUACAGGCGGUCACAACGUACCCACGACCACGACGACAACUUUUACGGAAAUCACUCCACACACAACUGUUUCAGACAAAAAUUUAUUGACGACUACUCCUUCCGUAUUACAUGAUAAGACGACUACAACAGGCGGUCACAACGUACCCACGACCACGACGACAACUUAUACGGAAAUCACUUCACACACAACUGUUUCAGACAAAAAUUUAUUGACGACUACUCCUUCCGUAUUGCAUGAUAAGACCACUACAACAGGCGGUCACGACGUACCCACGACCACGACGACAACUUUUACGGAAAUCACUCCACACACAACUGUUUCAGACAAAAAUUUACUGACGACUACCCAUUCCGGUUCAAAGGACGAUGAUGACUAUUAUGAUGAUUGCGAUUGUCCUGAAUAUAUAAUUUUUAUUUUAGAAAUCAUCAUUGAAUAAUAAUAGUUGUGCACGUCUAGAUCGUAUUGAAAACGCUGAAACAGUAAACAUUGAUUUUAAAACGAUAAUAUUUUCGGAAUAAUUAGUUCC